CACAUAAUCCCUGCAGACCCAGCCCUGCUGCUGUCACACAUUUCAGUGAUGUCACAGCUCCCCUGCCUGGCAGCUCCUGCGGCACCAUCUGACGCCCAGCCUGAGUGCUGACUGGACUGAGAGGAGCAAGGGGCACACAGUGCCUGGUCCAGUUUCGCUCCUUCAGUCCAAGGACUCACAGCCCCAGCAUGUGUCCAUCAGCAAAGAAGAAGCCCAAGAACGGAGUGGUUUCCAAGAUGGAAGACGAGAAAGUGCAGGACAAGAUAAAGCAGCCUGUCCACAAAGCAAUUGAGCGGAACCGACUUAAAAUGGUGUUACGAAAUUUGUCACUCUUGAAGCUAUUUAAGAGCUCAAACAGCCGGAUCCAAGAACUACAUAAUCUGGCCAGAAGGUGUUGGAAUUCAAUGAUCAGAUUUCCGAAGAUCUUCCGUGUCUCCUCUGGGGAAAGCAGCGUUUGCAAUACAGUAAAACAAAACAAUGAAAAGUUCCAAGAAGCUCCGUGUCUUGAAAAGAACCUAGAAUGCAAGAAAGUAGAGUCCACAGGGGAACCGAAGGAGGAUCCGGAGAUAAGCAGCACAGAAAAAGAUUCACCUGCAACAGUACCAAGGAAAAAAGAGCAGACGGAGCCUGCCCUCCCAAGGGCAUCAAAGGGUCACGGCCUGAACACUGGAGCCCAGGGGAGGCAUCCAGCCACGAGGGGCCCCCCAGUUGUUCUUUCCAAGACCUACAGCUACCGAACUCCCAUGGGGGAUAUGAGGCAGCUGGAUGUGAACGGCCAGUACACUUGGUUUGAGGGGCUGCCUACGCGAAUCCACCUCCCGGGGCCCAGGGUCUUGUGCAGAGCCUCCCAGCUACGCCGCGUCAAGCGCCGCUGUACCCGCUUCUGCUCUGCAUCGCUUGAAGUGCCUAUGUACCGUUCAUACAAGUCGUGUCAUCUCCCUCUGGAACAUCAUCAUAACUCUCCAAACCCUGAAUUCCAGCCAGAAUUUCUUGAGAUUCCAUUUCCCGUGGAACCACUAGCCCUUUUCUGGCAUGCCCAGCAAUACAGCUCUCCUUAAAUGAGCACCGCUUGUCCAUGUCACCUGCACGCUGGCAGGCAACAAGGCCGUCAGUGAUUUCAUCCCUUGAAUUCUUCACCCAACUCACCACCUCUUGCAGGUGAGGCUUCAUGAAGCUUCCAUUGAAUUAACUGAAGACUUAUGAGACGGGAAUGGCAACAAAAAUGACAGUGCAGGGUGAUGGGCUGCACAAAAGUGAAAAAAUUACAGGCACCAAAAUCCAGAAAGCAUUUUUUUAUUUCGCACAUAUGCAUUAAGUACACCCAUUACAACACAUGACUUACUGAAUUACGAAGAUUUGUAUGUCCUUCACAAUC